AUGUCUCCCGAUACUUUGGAAUUGAUCUUUAGUUACUUAGAGGCAAAAUAUAGAAUGGUGAUGGAAUUGGUUUGUCUUGAUCUUAGGCUUGCCUGUCUAUCAGUGGAGAGUAGAGAGUUUUUCGCAAUUUUCAAUCAAUUAAAUGAUGAAACACUUGUUUGUAAACCUCUGAGAGAAGGAGCAGUAGAUGACGAGGAAAUUGAGGUAUUCGAGAGAAGAAUGCCUGGUUUUAAGGUUGACUUUUAUACAAGAGAAUUAUUGAAAACAACAAAUGGAAGAAUUGAUUGGAAUGAUUCCUUGUUUCACCCUGUAAAUAUGAUAGCUCCUAUUCAGGAAUGGACUAAAGAUUUUGGAUACUUGUAUUAUAAGGACAAGGCUCCAAUAUUGGAAUUACUACAAUUAUCAGAUUUUAAUUUUGUUCAUGAUUGUUUGGUUUGUAUUGGAUCAACAUCUCAAAAAAUUUGCUGGGGAAUGUCAGAGGAUUUAAUAUAUAAUCCAUUCCACACUCGUACAAGGAAAUUGUAUGCUGACAAGAAUUUCAAUUUGUAUGAUCUGGAAUAUAGGGCAUAUGAUGAUUAUGCAUUUAAAAAGUUGGGAAAGUUAAAAAAAUGGUUAAAGAGCUUUUUACCACAAAAACAGUUAAAUGUUAAAAUUGUGCCUAAACGAGAGCCUAUCAGGUUCGCAACUGAGGAAAAGAAAAAUGAUCCAGAGUUCGUGACAAAAUAUUUAAAAACAAAUGGAAGUCAAUUGAAAUAUGUUUCAAAAGAACUAAGGAAUAAUAAGGAAAUUGUAAUGGUAGCAGUUUCCAAUUAUGUAGAUGCAAUUCAAUUUGCCUCAGAUGAAAUCAAGGACGAUGAUAUUUUCAUGAAAGAUAUUUUACAAAUUCAUCCUCUAACAAUUAGAUUUUGUUCUGAAAGAGUGAAAGGCACUCAUGUUACAAAAGAGGCACUCAAAGCCAAACCUUUCAGAAUGAAAGAGUUACCUUCACUUUCUAUUGAAGAGUUCAUUCCAAGAUCUGUUAUUGACGAUAAGGAAUAUGCCUUAAGUAUGAUCGAUAAUACAUGUAGUACUUACCAUUCACUGUCUGACAAUUUGAAGAAUGACCGAGAUAUUUGUUUGAGAGCUGUAAAAAACCGCCUAAGUAUUUCUCAAAUUCCUCCUAUUUAUGCAGAUGACAAAGAGAUUGCACUUACUGCCGUAAGACUUUCUUCCUACGAAUACCUAUCAAUAUCUGAAAGGCUAAAGAGAGAUAGAGAUGUUGCCUUAAUUGCGCUAAAAAAUUCAACACAGAGCAUUGUUCAUAAAGUACCAGAGGAAAUUCGAGGCAAUAGUGGUCUGAUAAUGGAAUCCAUUACUAAAACUAAUGCAAGAGUUCUUUUUGAAAUUGCUUCUGAAGAACUGAAAACAAACGAUAGAGAAUUAAUUCUCAAAUUUCUGGUUAAUCAUUCAUAUAUCUACCAUUCCCUUAAUGAAGCUUUAAAACAGGAUGUUGAGAUAUUUUCAAGUUAUCUAUUGAGCAUGAUUGAAGGCGGGGAGAGAAACUAUUAUAGAUCAUUAGAAUUGUUACCUAAUCAAGUGCUUUACUUAUUUUGUAAUGAUUACACCAAAGCUGUAUUGCUAUUUAGAGCUCAUCCUAUUGCUUUUGAAUUGAUAAAUCGUAACCUUAGGGCAAAUAAGAAUUUCAUAUUGGAAAUAUUGGAAUAUAGACCUAUUGACAUUUCUAAAAUAGAUCAUUCACUACUAUGUGAUGAGGACGUGUUAAUGAAAUUAGCAGACAGAGGUCUAGGAGAAGAAUUGAUGAAUGUUCUUCCAAACCUGCAAAAUGGAUUCAAAAUGAGUGCCAAGAUGAUUGAGCAUCUAGUAGCUACUAAUCCAAUUACCAUAGAUUCUUUGAAACAAACUCCUGAACUAGUUAAGAUUGCCAUUACUCACGGUGCCAAAUGUCGUCGUCCAGUGAUAUCACUAAUUAAGGAAGAAAUGUUGACAUUGGAAUUGGUGGAAUUUGCUUUAAAGAGCAGCUUGUGUCGUUGGCCAGAUGUUCCAUUAUCCUUCCACACCAAAGACAAUAUUUUACAGAUUUUGAAAUCUUAUCCGAAAUUGUAUGGUUUGGGUAUGUUCGGUCUAGGCUGGCGCCAAAGACAAGAUUUGGAUUUUAUCAACCUUUCGAUUCGUGAACCCACCAAUUUUAAAGAAAUACCUCCAAGUUUCCUUACUUCAGAGCUUGUUAUUGAGGCAAUCCAGCAUAAUAAUGCUGCCAAUGUUGAACAGUACAUUUAUCCACAUCUGCCAGUUGUCUUCUAUGAAAAUGAACAAGUUUACAAUUUGCUUAGAGAGAAAAUUUCAUAUUUUAAAUGA